CCUCUCCAAUUUCUAUCCGUAACCUCGCUUUGUCUCUCUCCUCUUCUCUCUUCUUUUGCCCGAUCUCGCCAUCGUGAGACAAAAUAUCAUUCCAACCAAAGAUAUCACCCCCAACAAAAUUUCCACUGGAGGAGCAUCGUCACCUAGCACACAAUGGAGUCACCCAAGAAAGCCGCCAGUACUCCUCGAGGCUGGACCGAUGCAGAGAAACUCGGGAUCCUCUUUCAGCUCAUCUCAAGGCCUAUCCCAUGGGAGACGAUCGAGCUUCCUCCAGGUCGCACUCUGAAGGCUGUCCAAGUCAUGAUCGACAAGGAAAAGUCCAAGAUUCGCAAGGCUCAAGCUGGAGACGGAGAAGCCAAUUUUGAAUCUAUUCCUGUCCCAACUCUCGCCGCCAAAGGCAAAAGCAAAGCAGCGAGCGCUUGCAAGGCUAAGGGUGUUGGCAAGAAACGUGGCGCCGAUGACAAGGUCAAGGACGAAGAUCUCGAAGAUGACGAAGUCACCGAAAGUCCAAUUGCUGCGCGCAAGAAGGUCAAAGCCGCGUCUGCCCCCGCGAAGAAGACAUCCAAAGCUGGCAAAGCCAAGCAGGCCACGGUAGAAGACGACGAGUCUCGUGGAGACUCUCCUCAGGUCAAAGACGAAAUGAUCACUGACGAGGGUGAAGGAGAUGAAGAGUAGGGAAUCUGAGCCUAGGGGCAGCAGAGGCCGAGCGCGCCGGAUACUGGAUUGAAUCGACGGUCGAGGGUUUCGCUGAUGACGUUAUGUGUCUCCUGUGAACGGGCGGUAUACAUCUUCCUAAUUCCACACCUUUCGUCGU